AAUAUGGCCUUUUAUAUUCCACGUCGAUGCUGGACGGACGUUAAGUAAUAGUGUUAAAAUAGUGAAAAAUGGGCGUGUUGAAGUUUAGUGGACUGUUCAUAUUACUUUACCUGUGCAGCGCUGCAAAUGCGGCGUCCAUAUUAGUCCUCAUCUCAUCUCUGUCUUAUUCUGACCAUUUAGUAUUUAGAGGCUAUGUGUCGCAACUCGCACAGAAAGGACACUCCGUGGUGCUGAUGACCGCAUAUCCAGGCCACUUCCAAUAUCCUGAUGUCGAAAGAAUUGUAGAGCUAGAUGUAAGCCAGGAGUCAGGACAAUACUGGGACGAUCAUAAGGACUUGAUGACCAACGUCAACGACUAUUUGCCUAGAAUACGAGCUAUCAAUGAAUUGAAAUUGAAAAUAGCCAUCGCCCAGUUAAGAUCGAAGCAAAUGACAGCUCUACUCAUUAACCCCAAUAUUAAGUUUGAUUUGGUGGUGACUGAAGCUGAUGUCCCGCUCUUGUACGCGGUUGCCGAGAAAUACAAGGCUCCUCACAUUGCAUUCACUACAUCGAGCGGUAAAUUGCACCAGUAUGAAGCUAAAGGUAACCCCAUUCACCCAGCAUAUUACCUCGACGUGAACUCUUUGAACAGUGGACAAAUGUCCAACUGGGAGAAGUUGGUGGAGUUCUAUCGUCAUAUUCAAACAUACAACGAUUACUAUUACAACUUCCAACCACUCUGUGAUAUUGCCGCUAAGAAAAUCUUUGAUAUGAAAAGAAGUCUUCUAGAAGUGGAGCAAGAUAUUGAUAUGCUCUUCGUUGCGAAUAAUCCAGUUUUGCUCGGAAAUAGACCUACAGUUCCAGCGAUUAGAUACGUAGACCGCUUGCAUCUUAGACCAGGUCUUCAUCUGCCUCAGAACCUGCAAACGUUUUUGGACUCGGCCACAAAGGGAAUUGUGUACUUCAGCUUAGGUGCUCUGCAAGAGCCAGAAAUGCUGGCACCCGCUAUCCUGAACACCUUGGCAGAUGCGUUCCGCGAACUACCCUACACUAUCCUGUGGAAGAUCGCGAACACCACCAUGAUCAACAAGUCCGACAACGUUUUGGCUCAACAGUGGUUCCCUCAGCAAGAAAUUCUUGCUCAUCCAAACGUUAAAGCCUUCAUUACAAGCGGUGGAUCUCGCUCUUUGGAGGAAGCUGUUUUUUACGAAGUACCAAUAAUUGGCUUUCCACUGCAAAAGCCUACAAAAACUUUCAUUGAACAAAUCACUAAGUUUGGGGCAGGAGAGUUAUUAGAUCCUUACAAUUUGGAGAAGGAAACAGUGAAGUCGACGAUCGAAGCCGUUGUUACAAAUGAACAGUACAAAAUAUCCAUGUCGAAACUGAGGCGUGCGGCUUUCGAUCCAGCAAUAUCAGGCCCUGAAACUGCUACGUGGUGGACCGAGUAUGUCUUGAGCAACAAAGGGGCUCGUCACCUCCGAUCUUCCGCCGUUGGCAGCAGCUUUACCAAAUACUUCAUGCUGGAUAUCGCGUUAUCCCUUGGCGCGGUUAUUUUGGUGUUCAUUUUCCUGGCCUUCUUAAUUUUACGUUAUAUCGUUAGGCGUCUCCUUUCCCGUUUCUUUGGGAAGCGUUUUGACGAGAGUGGAAAAUUCAAAGCUCUAUAAAAGGAAAACUAAUGUAAUCAUUAUUAACUUUAUGAAUGUAAUCUACCUAUGUGAUGGAAAUUGAAAAAAGAAACAAGUUUAUUAUUAAAAGUUAAUAAAU